GUCUUGCGGGGCAGUGUGGGAGGAAGAAACCUGGGGCGGACAGGCCGGGCCCGCCAGCGGUCUCACAUCUCGAGAUGGCUGGGAGGCAGGAAGAGCAGAGAGGGAGUGCGCCCUUGAGGGCGGAAGGCGCGGCCGACGCGGAGGUUAAGCUCAUUCUGUACCACUGGACGCAUUCCUUCAGCUCUCAAAAGGUGCGCUUGGUAAUUGCUGAAAAGGCAUUGAAGUGCGAGGAACAUGAUGUAAGUCUGCCCUUGAGUGAGCACAAUGAGCCUUGGUUUAUGCGUUUGAACUCAACUGGAGAAGUGCCUGUCCUUAUCCACGGGGAAAACAUAAUUUGUGAGGCCACUCAGAUCAUUGAUUAUCUUGAACAGACUUUCCUGGAUGAAAGAACACCCAGGUUAAUGCCUGAUAAAGGAAGCAUGUAUUACCCACGGGUACAGCAUUACCGAGAGCUGCUUGACUCCUUGCCAAUGGAUGCCUAUACACAUGGCUGCAUUUUACAUCCUGAGUUAACUGUGGACUCCAUGAUCCCGGCUUACGCAACUACAAGAAUCCGUAGCCAGAUUGGAAACACAGAGUCUGAGCUGAAGAAACUUGCUGAAGAAAACCCAGAUUUACAAGAAGCAUACAUUGCAAAACAGAAACGACUUAAAUCAAAGCUGCUCGACCAUGACAAUGUCAAGUAUUUGAAGAAAAUUCUUGAUGAGUUGGAGAAAGUCUUGGAUCAGGUUGAAACUGAAUUGCAAAGAAGAAAUGAAGAAACCCCAGAAGAGGGCCACCAACCUUGGCUCUGUGGUGAAUCCUUCACCCUGGCAGACGUCUCACUCGCUGUCACAUUGCAUCGACUGAAGUUCCUGGGGUUUGCGAGGAGAAACUGGGGAAACGGAAAGCGACCAAACUUGGAAACCUAUUACGAGCGUGUCUUGAAGAGAAAAACAUUUAACAAAGUUUUAGGACAUGUCAACAAUAUAUUAAUCUCUGCAGUGCUGCCAACAGCAUUCCGGGUGGCCAAGAAAAGAGCCCCAAAAGUUCUUGGCACGACCCUUGUGGUUGGUUUGCUUGCGGGAGUGGGAUAUUUUGCUUUUAUGCUUUUCAGAAAGAGGCUUGGCAGCAUGAUAUUAGCAUUUAGACCCAGACCAAAUUAUUUCUAGGCUUGUUGGGAUCUUGUGGUGGCAGCUCAUCCAAGCAUUUAGCUAGACCUUGUGAUUGCCCAUAGCUCUCUUGAGUCUGUUUUAUUGAGUAGUUAGCAGUAUUUUUUCCCUAAAAUUCAGAAGUCAUCUUUGUUAUACAACACAGGAGUUUAGAUAGCAAUAGGACACAAAAUUGCUUCAUUCUCCAACUGCCAGCUCCAGGCAGAAAUAGCAAGGCAAAGAGAUAAGAGUAGGAAAAAUGAGAGAAUGAAGUCUGUGUAGGGUAGAGCCAUAGAAUAUAAUCUUCGGGAGCCUCCAGCAUUCAUGGCUGCCUGUCCCAUUGCUAACCAUCACAUUUAGCUACGUGUGGCCACUGCCCACACGUACACUUCUGUAAUUGAGAACACUUAGGAGAGAACUAGGGAAUCACUGGGGGUAGUGGGCUGGAGAGAACCCCAGGCUUUAUAUGUAUAGCACCUCAUUUGACCUCAGUGUUAAUUUUAAAUGCUUAUGAAACACACGCAUUGCUUUAGUAAGACUAAGUGCUUAUAUACUUGGGAAUGUGAUACUCAUCGGAGCACAUCUGCCUAGCAUUUACUUAAAAGUCUUAAUAUUAAGAUGAUUCCUUCCCAUUUAAGAUGGUUUCCAAUUUGAAUCACCAAAUGGUAAUGGUUCCUUACUGUUUUAGAUGAUGCCUGUGAGAUAUCAUUUCUCUGGAUGAUCACGUCCAGUCAGUGGGGUUAGGAAGGGUGGCCUCUAUAGCCCUCUUCAUGCACAUAAGUGACAUAUAGAUGAAUAUCCCAGCUAAUCACUAGCAUGUCAUAUGGCUGGGUAGUGGGUAUUUUGAUGAUCUGGGAGUACCAAAUAUGAUCCUUCUUCAUUUGGGGAGGCUGGUGUGUUAACACAAAAAUUAUUGUCCAGAUCUUUCAUCUGUUUAUGAUCACCAACAAGGACUUGUUAGAAAGGUCUAGUCUUAGCACUUGGCAGUUAAUCUAGGGAAGAUGAAUUAAAUGGACAGAUAGUGAUGCAUACUUGAAUUCACUCAUGUAUGUUUAAGGGAUUUGGGUGGGGGGGAUCCCUCAGUUCAUCUGGAAGGGACAGUUCGUGGGUCCUAUGAAUAACCAUGGAACUUCAGCAAAUCGUUUGUGCUCAGAAAAAGUCUUUCAUGGUGGCAGGAAGGCAGUUUCCCUGGAGUUGGCCAUGAAGGCCUUAGGAGCCAUUUCCAGUGUCUGGUGGGUAGCAUGCAUAGAGAUGAUGUGCUCAGGUCCCAGCAAACAACAAAAAAGCUUGCUUGGACUGUCUUAGAUGGGCUGCACAAAAUAGCCAAAGAAUGUACUAACUUUAUUGUUAAUAGGAAAGUGUUAAUGUAUCGUUAAUAGGAAAGUGAUACCUGUGAAACAACAACUCUUUGCUGGUAAAAUGAUUCUCUAAUUUGAUUUUGAUGCUGUAAUUCCAUUUCAUGAACGAGUUGUAUUAGAAAAUCUUGAUGAACUAUAUGUUUCCAGUUUACAAAAAAUUAAUAAAACCGCCAGAGCAAACUCAGUCUAAUAAUAAUUGAGUAUCAGCUUUUAUAAUAUUUUAAAUUUGCACAUUAGUGUGUCGUCACAUAGAAUGUCUGAACCUGUUAAUGGGACAUAUGAAUCCAUGUAUUCAUAAGGGCCAUAGAAUUUAUUAUUCAUUAGUUUAUAGUGUUUGAGUUCUUUAUAUCACUCUGUUAGAAACAAGAACCGAGACGUAAAUAAAUAAAAAUUGGAUUUUUGUAAAAACCUUUGAAGGAUAUUUACCGGUGAAACAGUUGUUGGUUAAGAAUAAAAAUUAGAAGUCCAGGGUUAACUUUUCCUUUAAUUUAUAUUAUUCCUGAAUCAUAGGGAAUCUUUCUAGAAUGGGUUUAUAAUUUCCUUGCACAGUUUCUUUGGAAAUAGGUUAAAAGAUAGCGGCAAUUUCAUGUGUUUCAUGGAUACUCAAUUUUGAGUUUUUGUGUUUAAGGUAUUUGUUUAGGGACACAAUGACCACUAGAUGUCACUGUUCAUCCAGGUGACUGAGAUUGGGUGUUUUUGUUCAGCAACCCUUCCAAAAUGUUUCAAGCAAAGAUAGUAAUGACCUCAGUUUCUGAAAUAAGGGCAUCUUCAUCAGAUUAUUUAUCUGUUUUUUAAAAAAGCUUGAGGCAAAUGUGACUGAUUUAUAAUGCUUUGAAAGGCAUUACAGAACUACACAAUGUCAAGCUAGAGUUAAACAUACACUAUUAGCUAAAUAGGCACUUUUAUGUAUUUUAUUUUUCAUGAUCAUUGGUGACUGGUCAGUGUAUUCCUCAAUUUCCAAAAUUUGUAUGAAUAUCACAGUUAGAAAAAUGCCUGAGGUACUAAAGUUAGGUUGGCUAUUUGUGUCUUAACACACAUAAAUACUAUUGUUAUUGCAACAAAUGCCUUUUGAAUCCAUUUUCCAUAAUUGCAGAUAGUUGUAAAUUGCUUGCUUAAUUUUUAGUAAUUAUUGCUGUUGACACCAGAGUUGUAGAUUUUUGGUGUUGUUGAAUGCAAUAGAGAGAUCUGUAAGAUCAAUAAAAGUGAUUGGAAAAUAAAUAUGAACCCUAAAACAAA